UUUAAACAAUGCUAUUUUAUGUGGAAUACAGCCAUGAGCGACUCGCUUGGGCCCGGGAAUUACGUUACUUAUUAAUUACGUUACUGCAUUUGUCAGCAGGUCGUUGAACCCUCAUCUCGACAUCGAACGUCGGCUCGACAACAGAGGGAACCUUGGGACUUGGUAGAACCCCAGGGUUGCCUGGCGAUAACUGCUCUCAGUUCAUUUUCAAGACGUUUUUGCCUUUGCUAAGGAUGAAUCAGCAUCGUUCGCGAAGCUCCCCCGACAAAAGCGCAAUAAGAAGCUUUGAUGGUUGCUGGACCUGUCGUAUCAGACGCAAGAAAUGCGAUGAGAGGCGCCCUGCUUGUGUCACCUGUGCUAACCUUUAUAUCACCUGCCAUUACAGUCACGAUAAGCCGGAAUGGAUGGAUGGCGGCGCGAGGCAGAAGCAGAUGGCUCAGCAGAUCAAGGCCGAGGUGAAGGACAGCGCCCACCGUCGCCAGUGGGGGAGAGUUGUCCAUGCUUCUAACCCACCUUCUGGGCUCAUUGAAUCAUCGGAGCAGUUUUCCGGCAACCAGGCUCCCCCAACCGUGUCACCAACAAACAGCGAGGCCGGUAAUCCACAGCAUGCUCGCGGACCAGAUCUCAGUAACGAUGACUACAAUAGCUGCUUGUCUUUGGGGCAAUGUGACAAUUUACUCUUCACAUUCUAUCUCGAGCAUGUCCUGCCGUUCUUAUUUCCGUUCUACCACCCGCCCAUUCUUCAAGGUGGCCGAGCAUGGAUCAUGGAACUGAUGCUUGUCAGCCCGGUUAUGCGCCGAGCCACUCUCUGCCAAAGCUCAUAUUUCUUCUCUGUUAUUCACGGGUCACGGGAUCCUAUGAUAGGUGAUCUGGUGUGUGCGAGAACGAGGGAUGCAUUUGCUAUGUUGCGGCAAUCCAUUCAGUCCAUGGGCAUCUCGGACAUCACAGACCGUAUUCAUGAUGCAGCCCAGGUCCUAGUCAGCAUUAUGCAGUUGCAGAGGUUUGAGAUUGCUGUUAUGAGCUUUCAGAAUUGCCAGGCGCAUCUUAAUGCGGCAGUGUCCUUGCUAAAGCGGCUGAUGGAUAAUGUUGGUGCUGCUGAGGCGGUUGGGCCACGGUUAGCCUUUGAUAAUAUUCUGCAUCGUCUCGGCCCAUCAAAACGGAUCUUACCGACCGACAACUUCCAGAUUCCUAGCGCUGAGCAGGCGGCUUUCUCGUUUGCGUCUACGCUUGUGAUAUUCGAUGAUGUUAUUACGAGCAGUGCCUUGCAAGAAGAACCCAAGCUUUACGCAUACCAUCGCUCUCUACUUGAGGAACCUGACAGCCCUAUCGAUACCGAGGCAGUGGUGGGCUGCCAAAAAUGGAUCCUACUGGGCAUCAGCCAGAUCGCUUGUCUUGAUGCGUGGAAACAACGCUGUAAAAGAGGCGGAAGUCUCGAUAUGAUGGAGUUGGUUCGCCGCGCCUCGCCGAUUAAGUCCUCACUCGAGGCUCGCCUUGCACAGCUGGACGUACAACCGCAGACGUCGACUCCGGAGCCUGGCACCCAAUUGGGUUACUUCCUCGGGAAUAAUUCCCAGCGACCAAAAGCUGUCUGUCAGAAAUCCCUUGCGACCUCUGUCUGGGCGCAUGCUGCAUUGCUUUAUUUAUUUGUCGUGGUAUCUGGCUGGCAGCCUUGCAGUGCAGAAGUUUCGUACCAUGUCUCCAAAAUACUGCAGACCCUGUGUAACAGAGUGGAACCGCAAGAGCUCCUUCGGGCCACUGUUUGGCCAUUUUGUAUUGCUGGCUUUCUCGCACAGCCUCACGACGAAUACCGUUUUCGAAAACUUGUUUACGAUCUACAGCCGCCAAGUGUAUUCGGCACCGCACGCAAAGCACUUGAAUUGAUGGAGGCUAUAUGGCGCAACAGAGAUGCGGAAAACAGUAUCAGCUAUGACCUAGGUACAUUGUUCAGCAGUCCGGGGGAACUUGUAGUGCUUGUGUGACGAUAGGAAGACUACGGUCCCGGAAAUCGCACACUUCCAGCUUAAAUAGCUCAAUCGAAUUUGCUAUAGCCUUCACCCGCGACAAAGGUCGCGUGCCAUGGGAUAUUUCUUUCAUGGCGCGCUAACUGUGCGUAGAACUCGCCAUGAGCUGGUCCGUCAAGAUUGUUUCCCUUACUCUUUCCACCUUCAGCGCGCUCAUCCGCAUAGUGGAAUCUAUUGCCUCCAUAGUUAGCUGGAAUUCAGACUGCAUCUUCCUGUGUAUACGCACCUAUAUCCCUUGGCCGCGUAUAGCUCAUCUGCAGCCGCAAUCCAAUACGUGCUCGCACGCUUCCCGACCCCCAAGUUCAAGAACAGCGGCAUGGGCACAAUUUGGACGUUUAGCGGGUUGCCCGUGUAAAUGAAUGUCUUUUUCACGUCCUCGGGCAGGGUGGCCCACCCCUCCACAGCCUUCUGGGCGGCAA